CCUAAAGAUCUCGCCAUCUUCUUCCCCAACCCAAAACAAGAGGAGAGAGAGAGAGAGAAGGUAUAGUCCAUCAGUCUUCGAGAAGUGUUUUCCAGAAACAGGACUUGAUUAUUCAACGUUCAUCACCGGCGCUGGCACAAUCUCUCUCGAGGGAAAGUUCUCAUGGAGACUGAGGAGAGAUGCUGCUGAAGAGGCCGCUCGGGAUCGCCAUGCAAUUCGCGCGAUGGAUAGCGGAUCUCGACUGGCGCUUCAUCCUCCUCGUCCUCCCUCCCUUGUCCCUCCUCCUCUUCCUCUCCAUCUCCUCCCCCGCCAAUCCCUUCUCCAAUCUCGCCCCGCUCCGCAGCAUCCUCCUCAACCGCACCCUCCCCCGCGGCGCCGUCCCCGCGGCCGCGAACCUGAGCGCCGCCCCGUCGGCGCCGGCCGUGGCGCCCCGACCGUGGAAGGAUGAGCUGGAUCGGUCGAGAAUAGCGGUGUGCCUGGUCGGCGGCGCCAGGAGGUUCGAGCUCACGGGGCCGUCGAUCGUGGAGAGGAUUCUCAAGGUCUAUCCCAACUCCGAUCUCUUCCUGCACAGCCCGUUCGAUGAGAACGCGUUCAAGUUCCUAUUGCUGAAGAGUGCGCCGCGGAUCGCCGGGGUCCGGAUUUUUCGCCCGGAGCCGAUGGCGGAAUCGGCGCCGGAGCUCCGGGUUCUCACCGCCAGUAACUCGCCCAACGGAAUUCAGGGUCUAUUGCAGUACUUCAACCUAGUGGAAGGAUGCCUCACCAUGAUCAAGUCCCACCAAGCCCGUCACAACUUCACUUACGACUGGAUUGUCCGGACUCGGGUUGAUGGCUUCUGGAAUGCCCCACUUGACCCUGACAACUUCAUCCCGGGCCACUACGUGAUCCCACCAGGCUCCACCUAUGGCGGCCUCAACGACCGCCUCGGCAUCGGCGACCUUCCCACCUCCACUAUCGCUCUCUCCCGUCUCUCCCUCAUCCCCCAACUCGACCAAGCCGGGUUUCGCCAACUUAACUCAGAGACCGCCUUCCGCGCCCAGCUAAACACCCAGAACGUCACCCACCUCACCAAGCGCCUCCCCUUCUGCAUUGUCUCGGACCGCCAAUACGCGUUCCCCCCGAGCCGGUAUGGAGUUCCGGUGGCCACCAUCUUGAGCAAGGGUCCGUUGAGUGGCGCCAAGUGCAGGCCAUGCACGCCCGUGUGUCGUGGUGCAUGUGUGGGGCGGGUGAUGCCGGUCCUUGAUAAAGGGUGGAGCUGGACUCAGUGGGAGAACGGGACGCUCGAGCUCUGUGACGCGCAUGGGGAGUGGGAGACCGGGUGGGAGAAGAUAUUCGAUAGAGUGGCAGGGAAGGCGCUGGCGAAACAGAGGAAGGGAGUUUGGAGGUUGAAGGUGAAGGAUUGUGUGAGUGAGUUCGAAAAGAUGAAGAGGCGAACCGUAAGCUGGGAGGCCCCCGCUGCGGACGAGAUGUGCAAAGUCGGGUUGGGUUACGCAAGAUGAGAGAGAAGCUGAAGCGGAAACUGAUGGUUCCCCAUUUUUUCACAGGUAGGAGAUAAUAUAUAUGUUCUUUUGUAAAUUUUUGAGUAAUUUUCAGUAGAGUUAUUCUGGUUCGAUAUUUUUUUCUUUGUUUUGCUUAGGACUUUUAGUUUUCUCUUUCGUUAUAGGUUUUUUGGGGGAUGAGUUAAGGGAUAAAUUGGAACAUGAUAUACAAGUGAAGCUCAAACGAGUGCCAUUAUUCCCA